CUGAACGAGUGCGGACGCGUUUGGCGGACAGAAAAUAGCCCACCAGGAAAAGCUGUAAACAAACCCGAAUAGUGAGAUAGCCCAGUGGUUGCAGCAAGUUCGCGAGUGUCCCCGUGCUUGGCCAUAUGUGUGUAGAUUAAUUGGCAAUUACCGAUCCGCCAAACCGUAAAGCCGCAACAUCAUGCCCGAAAUCAUCGAGCUGAACGUCGGCGGGGUGAGCUACACGACCACACUGGCCACAUUGCAGCAGGACAAGACCACGCUGCUGGCCGAGCUCUUCGGCGAUGGACGUGAUUCGCUGGCCAAGGACAGCAAGGGUCGCUACUUCCUGGACCGCGACGGCGUCCUCUUCCGCUACAUCCUGGACUUCCUGCGCGACAAGGCGCUGCACCUGCCCGAGGGAUUCCGCGAGCGCCAGCGGCUGUUGCGCGAGGCGGAGCACUUUAAGCUGGCCGCCAUGCUCGAGUGCAUCCGGGGUGAGCGGGAUGCCCGGCCGCCCGGCUGCAUCACCAUUGGGUAUCGCGGCAGCUUUCAGUUUGGAAAGGACGGACUGGCCGAUGUCAAGUUCCGCAAGCUGUCGCGCAUCCUCGUCUGCGGACGCGUGGCCCAGUGCCGCGAGGUCUUUGGCGACACCCUGAACGAGUCCAGGGAUCCCGACCAUGGCGGCACGGAUCGGUACACCUCGCGGUUCUUCCUGAAGCACUGCUACAUCGAGCAGGCCUUCGACAAUCUGCACGACCAUGGAUACCGCAUGGCUGGCAGCUGCGGAUCGGGCACCGCCGGAUCGGCAGCGGAACCCAAACCGGGUGUGGACACCGAGGAGAAUCGCUGGAACCACUACAACGAGUUCGUCUUCAUCCGGGACUAAGGCUAAGGGACUGAAGGAAGCACUCGAAAGCACCCCACCCAAUCCAAUGCUCUGUAUCCUUCUAUUUCGUUUGUGCGGCAGCCAUUAAGACGUAGCAACUUGGAAGUCUCCCUAGCCAUAAACAUCAGAAUUCCAAGUGCUCUAUUCUACGGAUUAACCUUUAUUAAUGGCAGAGAUCAGGAGGCCGCACAAUGGUUUGAGUUUCAACCCACCUCUUGAUAUACAAACGGGAACAUUUCAAAUGUACAAUUGAACUAACAAUCCACACUAAAGUCUAGUAAAUUGUUGACAUAGAUAACUUAAUGAGCGAAUGAAUGUAGGCAUCUAAUUUGACUUUUUCCUUUGCCUUGCUAAUUUAAUACUUUGCUUCGCGUACUAAUCUAUAAAUCAGGGUGGGCAUAUUGCAUAUUACGAGCUGCGCUGCUCCACACUCUUUGAUGAAUGAAAACGAAUUGGGAUUUACUGGCUGACAACAAAUGAAAACAAUUUGGCAAGUGCAGAUAACAAAAACAAAGCAAACAUUUUAUUAGCCCCAACUUUUGUUGAUGCAGUGCAGUGUAAACAAGAUGAGACGAAAACAUAAAACAGAUCAGAAUCAAUGAAAUAAAUUCAAACGAGGCGGGAGAAACAGAGAGAAGACCGCGGCAGCUGGAUAAAAGUAUUUGUGGUCAAUCAAUCACACUGAAAUCACACUCAACAAUUUGAAAUACGGGUUACUCUUUGAAACUAACGAAAUAUUGUAGCAACAGAACCACAAAAAAACCAAACUCAAGCAAAUGGUAAAUCUAAAGUUUUAUUAGCCUAAUAAAAGUCGAAACUUGAAGUAAAAAAUAUACAAAUAGCGAAAUAGGAUAACGGCGAACAACAUGUGGCCCAAAGUAUAUGUUGACCUAGCCUGCAAUCCAUAAAACUCAAAAACCAACCAUUUACUAAACAAACCGAACAACGGCUGUCUUAGGAUAUGCCCCUUUGCAAUAACUCUUGAUUGUUUUCGAUUCCUACAAAAUGGCAUGGGAAAAAUAUGUGGCCACAGUUGGCUUGGCAGUUUUUGAGAGCGAUAAAACCUGGUCCUGGAGCCAGAAUUGAUUAACUAGUGAUUUUUAGAAGAAAAACAGUGAGCCAAUCGUACAAAACCACCUUCAUCAAGCAAUUAUCAUUUAACACUUAACAUUUGAUUUGUUCGUAAGCUGUAUUGAAAAAUGCCAAAAACCAAAUGGUCACAAGGACUUCCAGAAUCACGAUGGGAAUACGAAACUAAAUUUGCUGAACCUUAGAAACCCGCUCUGUUAUUAUUGAUUUUAUCCACAUUGGGAGCGGACUUCUGAAAAUGUUUUUCGCUGACAUAUCUCGCAUCGCAGUUUCGACAUUUCCGCAGGUUUGCAGUUGAAUUCAUGUCCACAUGAUGGGAAAUUUAUUAAACGAAGCGCUUGGACGGAAACCUAAAAUGAAAAUGCCAAUGCGCAACAUUGAAACAAAAGCAAACAUCAUCAAAUAUACGAACAAAUUGUAUAAAACUAUAAAUUCUUUAAAUCGUGUGUAAAGGGACGCGUUGCAUGUGUAAUCAUCAGCAAUAACGUGGUAAUAAGCAUGAAAAACUAUUAAGCUCCAUUAUAUACCGACCCCUGACUCGCUGUGAGUUUAAGGGUCUUACACAGAUAAUUUGAAUCGAUAUAUACAAUAUCUACAUAUACCUAAUUAUAUAUUAAAACAAUUGUCGAUAUUGAAAGUAUCUUAUAAAUGUUUAGUAUUAUAUGUAAUUGAAUCCAAAUUGAAAGGCAAGGCGACGGAAAUGUAUUGUAUCAUUAAUUAAAUUAAACUGAAACUAAUUAAACUUAAAUAAAACGAAAUGUAAAAUGUAUUUAGAGAAGCGCAAAGUAAAACUGCUAAAAUAGCCUAUCAAAGUGCGACUAAGCAAGCAUAUGUAUGUAAAGAGGUAUAACUUGCGAAAAGCGAAAACCAAACAAUAAAUUAAAGAAACCAAA